AUAAUAAUGCACCACCUGCCAGUCCUAGGAGAAACAAACCUAACAGCCAUAGUAGAUUUUUUUUUUUUUUUGGGGGGCUUCUAUUUCGUAAACAUCGCAAAAACCCAUUCUCCUGUACGCUAACAGCUCUUGGAUUCUGAAUUUGCUUUGGUGAUCCAUCAUCUCAUGGCCUCUAAUGGUGAAUCUGCGCCUACGGGAGCAAUGGACGCACAGAACAGCUUGGAGAGGAUCAAGCGGCAAUUGGCGUCCGGUUCUGGUAGGAAUUUGUUGCAGGGCCCUCUUCUCAAGCGAUCUGAAACUCUGAGAAAAUGGAAUGAACGAUGGGUGAUCUUGGACCCAACUACUGGAAAAAUGGAAUACAAGACUAGGAGAAAUGAGCCGACUGUGAAGGGAACUAUCAUCUUUGAUGCAAAUAGCACAAUAACGGUUUCUCCUGUGAACUUCCAUGGACUUCCAAAGUACGAAGGGUGCUGUUUCUAUAUUGGUACUCCACAAAAAAAAGACUACUUCCUUUGUGCAGAGACUCCUGGUGCAGCUAGAGCAUGGGUUGCAACUUUACAUGCAACCCUGUUGGUUCUAAAGGCACAUAAAGAAGCAGUGAAUUCCUUGAGUGGGAAUGGUUCUGCGAAGCUUGGGACAAUCGCGACUGUGGUUGCUGCUGCCAACUCAACAGCCCUUGAAUGCUCUAAAGAAAUUGAAGCUGCAAUGCAGAUUUCCUUGAGAAAUGCUUUGGGAAUGGUGAAUAAUAGGAUAAUUGAUGGCCCAAUGGAUGAUCUAACAAUCAUGAAGGAGACACUAAAGGUUAAGGAUGAAGAACUGAAGAAUUUGGCCCGGGACCUUCGUGCUCGUGAUUCAACAAUAAGAGACAUAGCAGAGAAACUAUCUGAGACUGCUGAAGCAGCUGAGGCCGCAGCAUCUGCGGCACAUACAAUGGAUGAACAGAGGAGAAUUGCUUGUGCUGAAAUUGAGCGGUUGUCAAAAGCUUCACAGAAGCAGCUGGAGUCAUCCGUGUUGAAGCUUAAAGAGUUUGAAGAGAAGGUUAUGACUCUAACCAAAGAAAGAGAUGAACUGAUCAAGCAGAGAGAUUCUGCGCUUCACGAGGCACAUUUAUGGCGUUCUGAGCUUGCAAAAGCUAGAGAGCGCGUUGUGAUAUUGGAAGGAGCAGUGGUGAGAGCAGAGGAGAAGGUUAGGGUUGCAGAAGCAGACGCUGAAGCUAGAAUAAAGGAAGCUUCACAGAAAGAGGCAGCUGCUAUGAAUGAGAAGCAAGAGCUUCUAGCAUAUGUGAAUGCAUUACAGGCACAACUUCAAAGACAGCAGAUUGAUACAAAGGAAGUGUUUCAGAAGACUGACUCUUCAAAUGUUGUUGGCAGCACUCCUCCCCUGACUAAGCAUGUGGACUUGUCUGAAGAGGAUGUAGAUAAAGCUUGUCUUAGUGUUUCUAGAGUGCUGCCACAUUCUGGGGAGAGUGUCGUGCACAUGGGAGUGGACCAAACUAACCUCCGGCCAAUUGGAGACACUGAAUGGAGUGAUAUACAGCCAACAGAGUCGAGAAUAGCUGAUGUAAGAGAGGUUGCUUCUGAGACAGAAGGAAGCAGCUUGGAUAUUUCUGUUGUUAGCUCACCUGUAAAUAAUCACCAUGAGCAAGGAGGCAACAAUUUUUAUCAGCCUUGAUGUUUAACGCUUUACAUUUUAUAGAAAACAACAUGCAAAUGUAUGGAACGGUAAACUAUUUAAAUUAGUUUACCAAAAAAAAAAAUUGUUGCCUCACUUGGUAUAUUCCUGCCUGAUUGGCUGUUACUGUUGUGAUGCCAUUGUACAUUUGCAAGAGGAUACAUGAGAUUUUUCUUGAAUCUA